AUGUCUAAAGAGAUUGAAUUGAACCCACCCGAGGUUGAAUUCCUCGAAAAGCUAAAGGAGAGUAAGUACUCCGUGGUAUUCAAAGUCCGUUUCAGGGAACGAAUAUGUGUCAUGAAGGUGUAUCAUGAUAGGGGUCCGUCCGAGUGGGAUCCCCCUUACCGGGAAGUCAAUCUCUUCAUCUCCGAGUCUACCGCCUACCAUCGACUAGAAUCGAGGGGCUUAUGCCAGAGGGGGGUUAUCCCAGACUUCUAUGGAACAAUUAGAAAGAUUCAACCGGCUGAUUGGCCAAAUCUUGAGAUGUUCCUAAACGACAAAUUACCGCCCAAUGCUGUCCUUAUCGAGUAUAUUCCAAACCUGCAGCAAAUCGACCUAUCCAACUACUCACCGAAACGCCUGACUAAAUUCCGUGAGAUCCUCGACGAUAUUCACGCGGCUGGAGUUCUCCAUGCUGAUCCGAAGCCUCGCAAUAUGAUGGUGUCCUUAUCGGAGGACGACAGGGUACUCUGGAUAGACUUUGAUUCUGCCCAGACAUUUCCAGAGAGUGGUGAUAUGUCUCCAAGACAACGAAAAUGGAUUGAAGGAGAGGAUGAGAUGGUGGAUUAUUUUGUUGAUGCCUUGGCGAAAGAUUUCGAAGAAGGAAAGCUGAAUCGCACGAUUUCGUACUAUUAUGAAUGGUACGUGUAG